CAGUGGUUUCCAUGGUGAUGGAGCUGAAAGUGCAGGAAAUUUAAAGGCUUGGACGCUGCGAGACAGACAAACCGGUGCCAACGUGCGCGGACGCCGCCGCCGCCGCCGCCGCUGGAGUCCGCCGGGCAGAGCCGGCCGCGGAGCCCCGAGCAGGCGGAGGGAAGUGCCCCUAGGACCCGCUGGGCCAGCGGCGCUGCACAGAGCGGCAGGACGACGAGCAGAGAGAGGAGGAGGAGGGGAGAGCGGCUCGUCCACGCGCCCUGCGCCGCCGCCGGCCCGGGAAGGCAGCGAGGAGCCGGCGCCCCCCGCGCCCGCCGUCGCCCUGGAGUAAUUUCGGAUGCCCCGCCGCGGCCGCCUGCCCGCAUAGACCCGGGAGAGGAGUUGCGGCCAACUUGUGUGCCUUCUUUCCGCCCCGGUGGGAGCCGGCGCUGCGCGAAGGGCUCUCCCGGCGACUCAUGCUGCCGGCCUUGCGCCUGCCCAGCCUCGGGUGAGCCGCCUCCGGAGAGACGGGGGAGCGCGGCGGCGCCGCGGGCUCGGCGUGCUCUCCUCUGGGGACGCGGGACGAAGCAGCAGCCCCGGGCGCGCGCCGGAGGCAUGGAGCGCUGCCCCAGCCUGGGGGUCACCCUCUACGCCCUGGUGGUGGUCCUGGGGCUGCGGGCGGCACCGGCCGGCGGCCAGCACUAUCUCCACAUCCGCCCGGCUCCCAGCGACAACCUGCCCCUGGUGGACCUCAUCGAACACCCGGACCCUAUCUUUGACCCCAAAGAGAAGGAUCUGAACGAGACGCUGUUGCGCUCGCUGCUCGGGGGCCACUACGACCCGGGCUUCAUGGCCACCUCGCCCCCCGAGGACCGGCCCGGCGGGGGCGGGGGGGCGGCCGGGGGCGCCGAGGACCUGGCCGAGCUGGACCAGCUGCUGCGGCAGCGGCCGUCGGGGGCCAUGCCGAGCGAGAUCAAAGGGCUGGAGUUCUCCGAGGGCUUGGCCCCGGGCAAGAAGCAGCGCCUGAGCAAGAAGCUGCGGAGGAAGUUACAGAUGUGGCUGUGGUCGCAGACCUUCUGCCCGGUGUUGUACGCGUGGAACGACCUGGGCAGCCGCUUUUGGCCGCGCUACGUGAAGGUGGGCAGCUGCUUCAGUAAGCGCUCGUGCUCCGUGCCCGAGGGCAUGGUGUGCAAGCCGUCCAAGUCCGUGCACCUCACGGUGCUGCGGUGGCGCUGUCAGCGGCGCGGGGGCCAGCGCUGCGGCUGGAUUCCCAUCCAGUACCCCAUCAUUUCCGAGUGCAAGUGCUCGUGUUAGGACUCGGGGUCCCCUUCCCGCACCCGGACAACUGAUGAUACCCCACCGACGCCCUCCCCCCCCGCCCCCCGCACCGUCUCCAACCAGUCCACCACCCUCUCGAGAGGGGAUUCAAUGAACUUUUUUUUUUUCUGGCUACAGAGACCUAGCUUUCUGGUUCAUGUAAUGCACUGUUUAACUGUGUAGGAAUGUAUAUGUGUGUGUAUAUACGGUCCCAGUUUUAAUUUACUUAUUAAAAGGUCAGUAUUAUACGUUAAAAGUUACCGGCUUCUACUGUAUUUUUAAAAAAAAUAAGCAAAAGGAAAAAAAAGAACAGAGAAAAGAGAGACUUAUUCUGGUUGUUGCUAAUAAUGUUAACCUGCUAUUUAUAUUCCAGUGCCCUUCGCAUGGCGAAGCAGGGGGGAAAAGUUAUUUUUUCUUAAAGUACAAAGAGAGGGGAGAACUUUUGUAGAAGGACUUUUAAAAAGCUAUUUUCCAUUCUUCGGAAAGUGUUUUGGUUUUCCUUGGACCUCGAAGAAGCUAUAGAGUUCAAUGUUAUUUUACAGUUAUUGUAAAUAUAGAGAACAAAUGGAAUGACUAAUCAUUGUAAAUUAAGAGUAUCUGCUAUUUAUUCUUUAUAAUAUCCCGUGUAGUAAAUGAGAAAGAAAUGCAGAGCAGGAUUAAAGAAAACCACUAAAACCGA